CUUUCAGAAUCAAUGAUCUCCAUCUCUUUUCCGACACUCGAAAGUCGGUUACUUGUUCCGAGAAACAACAUCGUAAUGGUUGUCUGGCCGCAGAAAGGACCGCAGUGUACAGCUCACCUUAGAGUAUUUACCCAAGCCGAAGCGAUUCCAGAUCACCAAUGGAAGGACAGGGACGAUUCUUAUUCUCCGCAUGAAUCUCCUCGACGAGUCAUAUGGACUUCCGUUUUAGCGAAAGGAACUCGUUGGAUCGAUGUCCUUCGACCCGUAUCCUGGGAGCUGGAGGAGGAACAGACUCUUGGCCUGGAUAUAGAUAUGCUGAUACACUUGAUAUCUUUCCAUCAAUUUCUUUCGAAUCAGGCCGCACGUCAACUGGACAAUAUCCUAACCACCGUUUUUUCCAAAGGGAGCUGAAUCUUAACUUGACCCUGUUCCGCUUCUACAUAGAAGUCUGCAAGUUGAUAUGAGGCGCAGGUUCACUUUGAACCCACGACGACAAUUGAUAUGCAUCCCUAUCUAUGGCAUAUCGACAGCAUGACUUUUCGCUCUCCUCAUAUGUUUUUCGUCGUUUCCUUGCACCCAACGGUGAAUCAAUUGU